AUGCGAACAACUGAAAAGGUGCACGAGUUAAUUGAAUCCACAAAACCAAUAUCGUGCCUACGCAAAUCGGCAGCGAAACCAUUAAUUGCGGUUGGGUAUUCGGAUGGAUCCGUUCGAUUGUUUGACAGAAAAAAUGAAGAUGCUGAACCAGUUAUGUUUUCCGGACACAAAAAAGCAGUAAAUUGUAUUGAGUUCAGUGAGGACGGUUUGCUAUUCGCUACUGGAGGAAAAGAUGGUGUUAUUGUUCUUUGGGACAUUGUUGCCGAGCGGGGAAUGUUCCGUCUUUACGGCCAUAAAGAAUCCGUCACACAGAUGAAAUUCGUGAAAGGAGAUCGAUUUAUUAUCUCCUCAUCGAAAGAUUCUUUAAUCAAAUUCUGGAGUAUUGCGAGCCAAUCAUGCUUCUAUACUAUUAUGGACCAUCGCAGUGAGGUUUAUUCUAUGAGCCUUAUCCGAAAUGAGACUAUGCUUGUCACGGCCAGCGCAGAACUUGAAUUAAUGGUUUUUGAGCUUAACUGGAAGAGUGGCGCCACUAUUGAAGAUGAGCAAUCUGAUGAGCCGUCAAAGAAAAAAAUCAUCAAAGAAGAAGAGGAAGAGGAAGAGGAAAAUCACGAUCUUGCGAAUCAAGCGAACCGUUAUGUGGCUUCAAAAGUUCGCGGAAGAGUCAUUAGACAGAGUAAAGGACGCGCUUUGCAAUUGGCUUUAACUUCGGAUGAGAAAUUCUUUAUUUGUGUGGGUGCUGACAAGGUUGCCGAUGUCUAUCGAGUAUUCACCGAUGCCGAAUCUGAAAAGCGAUUGACGAAAAAAUUGAAAAGUGCCAAGCGAAAAGCAACCGAUCAAUCGGUGACAGAAGGCGAUGUCGCAAAAGACGUUACAAUUAUAGUUACUCGAAUCGGUGAAAUUCCAAUGUCUCAUAAAAUUAAAUGGAUUGACGUUGCCGACGGGGUUCGAAAAGAAGAGGAGUCUUUAAACUAUCGGCUAUACGUUCUAUUGACCAACAACACUGUGCACGCUGUGAAAAUGAGCAUCAAUGAAGCGUCAAAUGCUGUUCAUUGCGAUUCCAUUGAGAAUUUAGACAAGCUGGGACACCGAGAGGAUGUUCGUGCUCUUUGUGUUUCAUCGUCGUCCAGUUUACUGGCUUCCGCUGGAGGUGACGAGGUGAUUGUAUGGAGCACACAUUCCCUCCGAACAUCGCUUUGUCUUCGCGAUCCCGAGCUUAGAGAACUCGUAUCGUUGAACUUCGUGCCGGGAGACAAUUAUAUAAUCACCGGCGGCAAGAAUGGAGAAGUCGGCGUGUUUGAGCUUAGCAGUGCGGAGCUUGUCGAAACCCGAAAAGCGCAUACCGGCGCGAUCUGGUCGAUUCAGAAUACCGUUGACGGAGAAGGAUUCAUGACGGCUUCGGCCGACAAGACUGUCAAAUUCUGGAGUUUUGUAUUAGUCACUGAAGGCACCAGAAAGCGGAUAUCAGUGCGCGAAAAUCGAGUUCUUGAAUUGCCUGACGAAGCGCUUGCCGCAUGCUUCUCCAAAGAUGGAAAAUUCUUGAUUGUGGCGCUUCUCAACAACACUUGCUCUGUUUAUUUCGUCGACACCUUGAAGUUCUUCAUUUCCUUGUAUGGGCAUUCACUACCAGUUACCUGUGUAGACACAUCGCCGAAUGGAAAGCUGUGUGUAACGGGAUCGGUUGACAAGUCGGUGAAAAUUUGGGGCCUCGAUUUUGGUGAUUGUCACAAGUCAUUUCAUGCUCAUGACGACACAGUGACUUCGGUUUUAUUCUGCCCGGGAGAGGAAAUGCUGUUUUGGUCGGCGGGAAAAGACGGAAAGAUUAAACAAUGGGAUGCGACCAAAUUUGUUCUUGUGCAAACACUUGAUAGGCAUAGCGCAGAAAUUCGAUGCCUGGCGCAAUUUAAUAAUGGAGCAGUUAUGUUUUCUGCCUCUCACGACAAGUCGAUUCGGUGCUGGGAGAAAACCGAUGAAAUGGUGAUUGUUGAAGAGCGCGAAGAAAUGGAACGAGAAGAGGAAUAUGAGAAGAAGCUUCUUGAUGAAGACGACGUCGUUGCUGGUGAGAAUAACGAGGCUGAAGCUGGUGUGGCGAGUAGCAAAACGGCAUCCAGUGUGAUUUCGGCUGAAAACAUUGUGGAAGCUGUUAAUAUUGCGAGAAAUGAGAAGGUUCAAAGAGAGGAAGAUCCUAAUCAUGAACCUCACCCACUCAUUGGAGCUUACAAUAGUAAAUCAUUGGAUCAUUUUAUUUUAGACGUCAUUGCGAAGUGUAGAUCAAGUGAUUUGGAUCGAGCUUUGCUAUUAGUGCCAUUGUCAUAUGUCAACGACAUUCUUCAAGCGAUUGCGGCUUGCGCCAAGAAAUUAUACAAAGUCGAAUUAUGCACACAUGUGGCUAUUUAUUUAACAAAGAUCCAUUUGAGCCAUAUGAUUUCGUCAGCUGACAAUGUUCCAGUUUAUGAGCUGCUUAAAAAAUCGUUGAAAUCUGGAGUUGAAGAUUUGAGGGAUGUCACUUCGUUUAAUUUUGCCGCUCUUCGAUUGUUGGCACUCGAACUCGAAGAACGGGAUCAGGUUAAAAUGUUCGCCGAAAUUGAUAUUUCCGAUGAUAAAUCGAAGAAGAAGAAAAAGGGCCGAAAAGCGAAUGCAAUGAUACUUUUCGUAUGGUCGCUGGUGUCGUCGGCGAUCGAAGCGGCUCGUAAACGACAAUAUGCGGGAUUCCUGCGCGGAAUGCUGGAGCGUCAACAAGCGGCGCGCACCAUUGACACACUCGUCUGGAAAAAAGCGCGAGCGAAUAGCGGAGAAUAUCGGAGGGAAAACGAAUUGUUGCUGGAUAACGGAUUAAUCAGAGUGUAUUUAGAGAAUUUCGAGACAUUAAAAGCCAGCGAAUGGCGAUUUUGCCCAACAUUGUGGCCAUGCGAUCCAGAUUCGAUAUAUUUCAUGGUGUUUGAUGAUUUCAUGUCAAGAGCUGAAAUGAUCGAGCCGGAAAAUGAGCAACAAUCAUUGGCUCCCGACUAUUUCAAACUCCACGAAAAAUGCGAUCGUCUGGCGGUUCACAAAACCAAAACGCGAGUCUUAUAUGCGUGCUCGUUUGAGAUGUUCGUCGAUGUUGUCGACGCAUUUUCCGAAUCAUUGCUCAUCGAUGAAACAUUCAACGUCACUCAGAUCCUCAGCUUGUUUGCCCCACCUCAUGAGAUUGACAACACGUUGCGUCCCGAUAUGUCCUCAUCAACACUGUCGCUGGCGUCGGCUCAUUCGAAAAAACCGCUUCCCAUUCUUCAGCAUCUCUUCUGGGGAGAUACCACAUUUUCAUUUUCGAAUGGCCGAUAUGGAAGUGUAGGCAAUCUGGACACCGAUGCGGCAUUGUCGCCAAUCAGACACUCCCGCCGACCAAGCUCAUCGUCAACACUUCCAAAUCGCCGCCGCUUUCAUUCGCACAAUCCCGACAAAACGUUUGAGUUUGUUUCAUCUCCGAGGCGCAGUUUAAUCAACGGAUUUGACGAGUCGGCCCCAAUGCCGAGAUAUUUGAAACAAUUGGAAAUUCGCGAUCAGCAUAAUAACAAAAUAACGAGUUCAGAAACAGGAUCAUCGGAAAAUUCGCAAAUUUUUGACGAUAGCGCAAGUAGCACCGGUGACACGCUAAGGUAG